CAGGUGCCGGCCAGAGCCUGCCAAAUUCUCUCUCGAGCAGCCGAUUCUACCAUCUUGUUGAGUUGCCGGGGUGUUCACAGAGAAUAAGGAUGGCGCAAAUAUCCGUACGACUUGCAGCCUCUUUGGCUAGGCAACUUCCAAGAAGCAGUGUACAGGUUUCCAAAGUUCUCCCUGGUGCAGCACUAGUUGCCAAAAAUUUCUCGACCGGCAAUGUUGCACGCUCGGCUGAGGUCUCCACUAUCUUGGAGGAGCGCAUUCUUGGUGCUGCUCACAAGGUAGAUUUGGAAGAGACUGGUCGUGUGCUGAGCAUUGGUGAUGGUAUUGCUCGUGUUUAUGGCUUGAAGAACAUCCAGGCAGAAGAGAUGGUAGAAUUUUCAUCCGGCCUAAAAGGUAUGGCUUUGAAUUUGGAACCUGAUAAUGUUGGUGUUGUAGUGUUUGGUAACGACAAGCUUAUUCGUGAAGGUGACAUUGUAAAGCGUACCGGUGCCAUUGUGGAUGUCCCUGUUGGUGAAGGUAUCCUUGGCCGUGUUGUCGAUGCCUUGGGAAAUGCCAUUGAUGGCAAGGGCCCUCUUCCAUCAUCUGUCAGGGCUCGUGUUGGUGUCAAGGCUCCUGGUAUCAUUCCUCGUAUCUCUGUGAGGGAACCUAUGCAGACAGGUAUUAAGGCUGUGGACUCUCUUGUGCCUAUUGGUCGUGGCCAGCGUGAAUUGAUCAUUGGUGAUCGUCAGACUGGCAAGACUGCUAUUGCCAUUGAUACCAUCAUCAACCAGAAGAGAUUUAAUGAUGCUGCCGACGAAAAGAAGAAACUGUACUGUAUCUACGUUGCUAUUGGUCAGAAGAGGUCUACUGUUGCCCAGAUUGUGAAGAGGCUUACUGAUACUGAUGCUAUGAAGUACACCAUCGUUGUAUCUGCCACUGCCUCUGAUGCUGCUCCUCUGCAGUAUUUGGCCCCAUAUUCUGGCUGUGCUAUGGGAGAGUUCUUCCGUGACAAUGGCAAGCAUGCCCUCAUCAUCUAUGAUGAUUUGUCCAAGCAGGCCGUUGCCUACCGUCAAAUGUCUCUGCUGCUGCGUCGUCCACCUGGUCGUGAGGCUUACCCUGGUGAUGUGUUCUACCUUCACUCACGUUUACUCGAGCGUGCUGCCAAGAUGAACGACACCAAUGGCGGUGGUUCCCUCACUGCUCUGCCUGUCAUUGAAACCCAGGCUGGUGAUGUGUCCGCUUAUAUUCCUACCAAUGUCAUUUCCAUCACAGACGGACAGAUCUUCUUGGAGACAGAGUUGUUCUACAAAGGUAUCCGCCCUGCCAUUAAUGUGGGUCUGUCUGUAUCCAGAGUAGGAUCUGCUGCCCAGACAAAGGCCAUGAAGCAGGUGGCUGGUUCCAUGAAGCUAGAGCUUGCCCAGUAUCGUGAGGUGGCUGCUUUCGCCCAGUUUGGUUCUGAUCUUGAUGCCUCCACCCAGCAGCUGUUGAACCGUGGUGUUCGUCUCACAGAAUUGUUGAAGCAGGGACAAUAUGUUCCCAUGGCUAUUGAAGAGCAGGUAGCUGUCAUCUACUGUGGUGUACGUGGUCACCUUGACAAGUUGGACCCAUCUAAGAUUACCAAGUUUGAACAGGAAUUCAUGGCCAUGAUCAAGACCAGUCACCAGGAUCUCCUCACCACCAUUGCUAAGGAAGGACAGAUUACCCCAGACACUGAUACUAAGCUUAAAAAGAUUGUUACAGACUUCUUGGCCACUUUCCAGGGGUAAAUUUAUAGUUAUGGGAAUGGGGUUUAAUUGUGCAGAUUUUGGCAGAGUAUCCAAAUGAAUGAAUGGGGCAAACUGGUACAGUUUUAACAGAUAAUUUAAUUUCGACCUAAUUAGAGUGAAUGUGUUUGUUACUUGCCACUAUUCAAUUUGGUUGCUUUGUUGUAAAUAUCAAGAGAUAAUGUCAACAUAAUUGAGGAAAUCAGUGCCUGUGUAUUGUUUACAUUUCCAUAGAUUAUAAAUGCUAAAUGGAGGCAGCCAAUAUUGUAAAUAAUUUUUUUUUUCUUCAACCUCCAAAAAUACUAUGUACCAAAGCAUAACAUGGGUAGGGAGUUCCUUAAAAACCAGAGGAAGAGCUGUAGGUUCUCUUAAAUAAAGGACCCUUUUUUUUG